UAAAACAAGAUGGCGGCUGGCAAGGUCAGUUUGGGUUUAACGUCACGUACGCCACUAAGUGACAACAUGAGUUGCUGCUCAGCAGACUCGUUACAAGCCUGAUCGAAUGUUAUCGUCGUCAACAGCAAAGCAAGACAGUAACGCAUGAAGGAUAGAGACCAUACACGAGAUAAAGUGUCGACAUAUUUGAAAACCAUCGACAAGGUAAGGCUUGUAAUGAGAUUGGACAGAAAGUGGUUCGUUUGCAUUGGCGCGUUUGUCAUCCAUUUCGUAGUGGGAGGACUCAUGAACUCUGGAGGCGUCUUGUUGUCAGCCUUGAUUGAUAAGUUUGGAAAACCAAGAGGGGAUACAGCAUGGGUGAGCUCACUGCCUUGUUCAGUAGUCUACUUCUGCGCCCCGAUCAGUACCCAUGUAUGUCAGCGGUAUGGAUGUAGACUGUCAAUCACGUUAGGCCUUCUCUUGUGUAUCAUUGGCCUUGUCAGCUCUGCGUUUGUCACGUCGCUUUACCUGCUCUACUUCACAUAUGGCAUCCUGCUGGGGUCUGGUUGGAGUAUGAUCUACUUCUCUGCGUUCCUUUCUGUAGCGUGGUACUUUAAGGCUUCCCAGCAUGCAUUUGGAAAUGGGAUUGCUACAUCCGGGGGUUCGUUAGGAACCAUGGCGCUUUCUCCCUUGAAUGAGCUGCUUUUCCGAAAAAUUGGUACCAGAUACACCUUCCUGGUAAUGGUCGGAUACUUUGGUGCGCUCCUGCUACCACUUGCAGCAUUUCGACCAAUUCCCACUGAAUAUGAGCCCGUGAGUGUCUCAGCGGCACAAGAACAACCACGACAGCCUCCUGUUCUGAGGAAUUAUGGGUAUAUUGCCCUGGUCUCGUCAAUGUCACUAUUUAUGACGGUCUACUUGGUACCUUACAUCCAUGUGGUUCGCUUCGCGGAAGACCUCGGCGCAUCCAAGCUGAACGCUGCCUUACUUAUCAGCUUCUUAGCCAUCUCCUCGUUCACGGGUCGGAUCGUCUUCGGUCGUAUAUCGGACCUCAAAUGCUGCAAUCGAUUGCGCAUCGUGCAGGUCUCGUUUGUGGUUAUUGGGGCAUCCACUGCACUUCUUUCGAUUGCCCCAUCCUAUCCAUGGAUUGUCGGAUAUGUUAUAGUAUUUGGAUUGUCCGAGGGUUGUUAUAUGGCACUUAACGCUGUAGUGACAUGCGAUGUGGUUGGAAAAGGGAAACUUCCCCAAGCCUUAGGCAUGAGUUAUUUCUUGAUGUCUUUCACACGGACGGUCGGGGCACCCAUAGCGGGUUGGAUGUACGAUGCCAAGAAGUCAUACACGCUGGCAUUCAUCGUAAUGGGUUCGGUCAGUGGGCUAGCCGCCUUUUUAAUGGGAUUUGUACCGACGUUGAAAAGAAUUUCAGAGAAUAACACAUCCAAUAACGUUGAAGUACAGGAGAAGUACGCUACCAUUGAUGGAAUGAAAGGAGUAGUACAGGGACUGGAAAAGUCGAAAUCUUAGAAGAAACGAGCUCGUUGCAUCCACGUGUACGCUAAAUACCAAAGCCUCCCCAAGUGGGCUCUGUACCACUGAAGAUGCCAGAAACAGAGAGUGCGAUAUGGAACCUGUAAAGCGCUCACAUUGGGACCCUUUUUAAGCGGCCGCUUUAUAGAGGUUGACAACUUAGGGUGUAACUUAACUUAAGUUGCCGCCAAACGUCUAAGAUGAUUGAUAUAUGGUUGGUUUACGGCAAAUUUCUGUCUAUAUCAACAGAAACAUUUGUUCACUUUUGUUCUUCUAGGAGGACGGGACGGGAGCGCGAUAAUCAGGGGAACUUUUACAAUUAAACGCAAUGAAAACUGGCAUAAUAAUAAUAAUAAAACUGAAAAUACCUUAAAA